UCUCGCUGUGGAGUGUAGUGGAGGAGAAGCGAGGACACGCUUGUGCUCAUCAAAACACUUUUACCUGUUUUCUGCGGGAUUAAAGUAGCACCCGAAGCAGCGAGCUCCUCCACAGCAAUGCGCCGGAGCCCUCAGUGAAAUCCGUCUCGGCGACCCGUGUGAAGAGGCUUUACGCUGGCCGGAUCGAAGCACUCGGCGGAUCUGGAUAGACUGACGGCCUGCCGCCGGAGAGCAUGACGACGGACGUGGUGAUCGUGAAGGAGGGAUGGCUCCACAAGCGAGGAGAGUACAUAAAGACGUGGAGGCCGCGGUAUUUCUUGCUGAAGAGUGACGGUACGUUUAUCGGCUAUAAGGAGCGUCCGCAGGACGUGGAUCAGCUGGAGACGCCGUUAAACAACUUCUCCGUGGCACAGUGUCAGCUGAUGAAGACGGAGCGGCCCAAACCCAACACAUUCAUCAUACGCUGCCUGCAGUGGACCACUGUCAUUGAGCGCACCUUCCAUGUGGAGAGGCCUGAGGAGCGAGAGGAAUGGACCAAAGCCAUCCAGACCGUGUCCGACAGUCUGCAGAAACAAGAGGAGGAGAUGAUGGACGCGUCUCCAGAACACAUGGACAUGGAGAUGUUUCUGACCAAACCUCGGCUCAAAGUGACUAUGCACGACUUCGAAUACCUCAAACUGCUGGGAAAAGGCACUUUUGGGAAGGUGAUUCUGGUGAAGGAAAAAGCAACGGGAAAAUAUUACGCCAUGAAAAUCCUCAAGAAAGAAGUGAUUGUAGCCAAAGAUGAAGUGGCUCACACACUCGCAGAGAACCGUGUGCUGCAGAACUCCAAACACCCCUUCCUCACGGCUCUGAAGUACUCUUUCCAAACCCACGACCGCUUGUGUUUCGUCAUGGAGUACGCAAACGGAGGAGAGCUUUUCUUCCACUUGUCUCGGGAUCGGGUUUUCUCGGAGGAUCGCGCGCGUUUCUACGGAGCAGAGAUCGUGUCUGCGCUCGACUACCUGCAUUCAGAGAGAAACGUGGUCUACAGGGACCUGAAGCUGGAAAACCUGAUGCUGGAUAAAGACGGUCACAUAAAGAUCACUGACUUUGGCUUGUGUAAGGAGGGAAUCACAGACGGAGCCACGAUGAAGACCUUCUGUGGGACUCCAGAGUAUCUGGCUCCUGAGGUGAGAAAAACCACAUCAAACCCCUCACAGAAACCAGUACAUAAUGGAGACGGUGUGUGUUUUGUGUGUUUUAGGUUAGGCGGCGGCCCGGAUGAUGCCAAAGAAAUCAUGCAGCACAAAUUCUUCACUGGAAUUGUGUGGCAAGACGUUUACGAGAAGAAGCUGGUUCCUCCGUUCAAACCGCAGUCGACCUCUGAGACAGACACCAGAUAUUUCGAUGAGGAGUUCACAGGACAGACCAUCACCAUCACACCGCCGGGACAAGAUGACAGUAUGGAGUCGUUCGACAGCGAGAGGAGGCCACACUUCCCGCAGUUCUCCUACUCGGCCAGCGGAACAGCGUAAACCCACACAACUGCUCUGAGACCCAGCACGGCACCGGUUUACCACGUUUACUGCGUCUGGAUCUGUGAUGUUCGUCCGUUCCAUGUUGCUUCUGUGGCCUUUGAUUUCAUGUUUUCUGAGGAUAUGAGAGGGAACACUAACAUCUCCACUCAAACUGCCAAAUUAAUACAGAACUGAUUGUGUAGCACUUCUUUAAUCUGGAAACUAACGGCAUGCCAAGUAUUACUGUAUUUACAUUCAAAAACACCAAUUUUAAGAACUGACCAAUUGAAACGUACAGCAGAAUAGCAGCUUUUAUAUGAAUAUCUAGAAUGUCAUUCUGCUACGUUUGUAAUUAUACACGAUUUUUCUCGACUGUCUCGACCCCCGAAGUAUUUUCAGACUAAAUUUCACUUGCAUUUGUGAUCAUUUGCAUCGAAUGUGCAAUAUAGUAGAAAUGUAGAUAAAUUAUUUUUUGUAAUUAUUAAAAUGACUGAAUUCCACUUAACACACCAAAUUAACUUAUUAAAACCCCCACCAAUAUAGUAAAGGAGUGAAGCUGUCUAGAACAUUUCUGAAUCAUAUUUCAAUCAAAAAGAAAAAUAAGCAAUUAUAUUUUGCUUUAAGAAAAUAAAGACUUCCAAAAACUAUGGAAUUUAAGUGAUGAGAAUCAAAUGAGAAUAAUGAUAGGAACAAAUCAAAUGUAUGCAUGAGAAUGAGAAUUUAAAGAUUAUGAAAUUAUAGAAUUUAGAGUUUAAAUGUGUCACUAAUCCUAAUUUACGAUAUGAUGCAAUUUUAUAAAAUUGAGUCAUUACAGUUUCUCUUAGUGAAAACUGGCUUUUUUUUUUGCAUGUUACCUUUCCAUUUUUGGCAUUGAAUAAAUUAUUUUGUGUUUCAUAACUAUUUUACCAUUUAAAUACGGCAUAGAAAUAUGGAAGCAUGUUUCCGCCAUGGGAUAAAAAAAAUAAAAAAAGGUUAUUGCAACUUUUUAUCUCAUAUAUCUUUACAUCUUAAUUCUGACUCUCUUUCUCACAAUUCUGACUUUUAUUCUAUUUUGGGGGGGGGUCUGAAUUUAAGAUAUAAACU